AGGUUUUACAUUUUACCAACUUCCGGAGAAAAUGACAGUUGGAGGACGGGGCAAAACCGAAACUUCCAAAAUGCCAUCUGAUAACGAAUGACAAAAGCUUGUACUAUAGGAUAUAUAUACCAACUAAUUUAAUGAUGAGUGCCAGAUCAUUUUCGAAACAACCUAAAGAAGAGGGAACGUCACGGAGCCCUUCAGACUUGCAAUGGCCUCCAGAGUCUCAAGAUUUCUUUGGAUCAAUAGAAAACAUGAGCAUGCCGGAAUCAGGCAACGGUUCAGAUCAGUUACAAGCUGCCACUGGCUAUGUUAUAGGUGUGACCAGCAGUAUAUUUGCUGAACAUAUUUUGUCCCAUCCUUUUAUAGUUCUAAGAAGACAAUGCCAGGUGCAUCACAGAGGGGUGUGGUACCACAAUACCCCAUUUACCAUAAUAACAGUUCUAGUCCAGUUACAAAGACAUCAGGGCGUGUCUUCCCUUUGGAAGGGAAUAGUCAGUGUUUUGAUGUCCAAAGGCAUCCUGAUGGUGAACGAGACUGUCAUCAGUGAACUCACACCUUUACCAAAAGAAGUCACCAGACACAGUUCUCCUCGGAAACACCUAGAACAUCUCUUGCUGAAAGGAUUAUCAUACAUCAUGGCAACUCCUUUCCUUGCAAGUAGUUGUAUUGAAACUAUUCAGGCUGAUGUAUCCAGUGAUAAGCCAGGACCAUUUGAUUUCAUCAGGGAGGGGCUUGGCAGACUGAUGGGGUGGGGGAUGCCCCAGACAACACGUCUCCUCCCAGUCUAUACUCUAGUCUUACCCACAGCAGUUAUGGGUGUGUCCCAGUACAUCAUUAUACAAGCAGCCAGAGCUACCAUGUUGUCCACGUUUAGACAGAGGGAACAAGAAAUGAGGGAUAAAUCAACAUCUGUGGAUGGAAAAGAGCAAGAAGAGUCGCUGUACAACAAGUACUUUCCGGAAAUGAUGGCUAACUUUGCCGGCAAUCUUCUGGCAGACAUAUUGUUGUUUCCCUUGGAGACAGUGCUUCACCGAUUAUAUGCUCAAGGAACACGGACUAUUAUUGACAAUUUGGACACAGGAGUGGACGUCAUACCAAUUAGUACAAAUUACGAAGGAUUUUUUGACUGUUUUCGCAGUAUUGUAAUGGAAGAGGGUGUCUCUGGCCUUUACAGAGGGUUUGGUGCUUUAAUUCUUCAAUAUGCACUUCAAGCAGGUUUACUCAAGUUCUCAAAGUAUGUCUUUGAGAAAAUUUCCAAAGAGCUUAAUCCUCCAGAACCCCUUGCCCCUAUAGAUAGACCGAGAUCAUCAGAUAGGCUAACUCAGCAGAGACAGCCACAAUUAGCAACACUGCAACAGCAACAGGCUCAGCAACAACAACCCUAUACUAAUUACAUGGAACAGAGUUAUAGAAGUACAAGGAGAUAAAAUUCCAAGUGUUUUACACUGUACAUGUAUUUGACAUUUGAGUAUUAGACUGAUACAGAGUUCUCAAGAAGAAUUCUAUACGUGCUAUACUAAUGAAAUUUUUUUUCAUUGUCACGUUUCUGAAAUGCAUUGGAAAUGAAUAGAUUUGAUAGCAGAAUUCAUUGUUAAGUAAUAUUUAAAAUUUACUUACAUUUUCUUGAAACAAGGAUGAUGUACUGUGGUUUCAUUUAUAGUUGAUGGCAUCAAUUUUUGUGGAUGUAGCAAUAUUUCAGUUUUAAGGAUGGUAAAUUUAUGGACAAUGGACUUAGCAUUAAAUUAUUAUUACUAAUCUUGGUUAUAUGAUUUCUAAGAUUAACUCAAAAAACAAAUUCCACAUGAAUUGGUGGUCAUCAAAUAUUGAUGAAUCCGCAGUAAAAGACUAAUUGAUUUUUGUGCUUAUGUAUUAUACGCCCAAGUGCUGAUAUUUUUGUGCUCAUUUCAGAGAUGUAUUAUUAUCCAGAUAUGUUGUUUUAUCAAUGCAUGAAAUAAUUGUUAAUCUUCUGUUUGUUUCUGGCCAUCAUAAUUUGUUUU